GUAAACAAACGCUGGCUUACAAAUUUGUUGAAGGCCCUGUAUCCGUCAAAAGGGCAAAACAAAGACGCCAAAUUGCGAGAAGCUCCAACCUGUAAAGAACCAUCUCAGAGGUUCUUUCUUUCCUUCCUUCCCUGCUUCACUCAUCCAUCUUUUCAGAUUUACAAGCUUCUAAUUAGUGAAGUAAAAUGGCUGCCCAUAAGGUUGCUCAUGCCACUUUGAAAGGACCAAGUGUGGUGAAGGAGAUAAUUAUUGGACUCGCACUUGGCUUGGCUGCAGGUGGCCUAUGGAAGAUGCAUCACUGGAAUGAGCAGAGGAAGACAAGGGCAUUCUAUGACUUGCUAGAGAAAGGUGAGAUCAGCGUCGUUGCUGAAGAAUAAAUAUUUCUUAGCUUCUAUAGUGAUUCUACCCACACUUUUGGUAACCUGAUGUUUUGUAUCCCUGUCUAUUGGCUCUUGAAUCUGAAAUGAGCAUACUUAAUUCCAGUUUCUAAAAAAAUAAAUUUAUUGUACUGAAUCCAGUGUGGGCACAUUAUUGCUCAAAAAAACCUUCCGGUUUUAUGAUUCUAUGUUUUGUUUAAUGGCGGUUUGACUCGA